GAGCGGGGUUCCUCCGUAACGCAUCCAUAGCCUAAUGCUGGAAAUUUGGAGGUGGGAGAGGCCAAAAAUAAAACCGAGUGCCUCCCCAGGACUCCGCAGACAGUUAAACAAACCACAACAUCAUCCUGCGCCUUUGUUGUCAGACAGUAACUGGUGACUGUUUAUUUAACGAGCAAGCUGACCUAGGCAGUUUUAUAGAAAAGAUAUAAAAAUUGAUUGCCAUGAUUAGUAUUACGUUUUGACGUACCCGAACCAUCCCGAAAGUGGGAUCAGUAGCAAGUUGAGGCGAAUAAGGCAGUCGCUAUCAAAGUGGGAAUUCGGCAGAACGAGGGGAGUACACAUGUCAUCUGCAGCAGAGACUGUGGAAAAUGCCUCCAUCAUUUCAGAGAGCGUGGCCCACGAUGGAAACCGUUUGUGGAUAGGAAACAUAGAUCCCAAAAUCACAGAGUACCACCUAGUGAAGUUGUUAGAGAAAUUUGGCACAGUGAAACAGUUUGACUUCCUGUUCCAUAAGUCUGGGCCUUUAGAGGGACAGCCACGGGGCUACUGCUUUGUCAACUUCAGCACCAGAGAGGAGGCAGAGAGGGCAAUCCAGUGUUUAAAUGGGAAGCUAGCUUUGUCCAAGAAGCUGGUUGUGCGCUGGGCGCAUGCACAGGUAAGGAGGUUUGAAGGUUUGCGUAAUGACAAGACAAUACCUCAGAGCCUGGAACCAUCAUGCAGCGGUGCAACAGAUGAAGGAUCUGUAACCACCAAUCAUCUCAGUACGAGUGCUAAAAUCCGUGCCAUUGAGGCCAAGCUCCAGAUGAUGGAGGAGAAUCCAGAUGAUGAGUACUCAGGCCCGUCGGCCUAUGUUUACAACAAACCACCAGAGAGGAAACGCUGGGAACCCUACUCUAAAUCACACCACAAUAACCAGAGCAGGCCCUUCCGCAAGUUUAGGAGAUGACCUCCUGCUCAUUCUGGAGAUCCCCAUGUCAGCCCCCCCAACAGACUUUACAGUAGAUACUGUACAGACUUGGCACAUCCUAUUUGGGAAUAAAAGAUUUUUGAAGUUGUUCAAAAUAUGUUCAGAACCAGGAUCCCCCACCCCCCACCACCACUACUACCACCUUUUUUGGGGGUGGGGGUAAUCACAGCAAUCGGGGUCAACUACUUAAUGUGUUUUUUUUUUUUAAUUAUCUUGGUUUAAUCAUACAACUAUGAGUCAUGUGAUGCAUAGUAAAGACAGAAAGACAUAUUAUUAAGGCAUCUCAGCACUGAUGUUAUUUAAAUGAGAUUAUUUUUUUUAGAGCCUUCAGUGAAGAGGAAGAUAUACAGAGAUUUGUAAACAGGUAUAGAGCUGAAGCCACUCAGUAUUGUUGUGUAAAGUGCUGUGCUCUUUUCCUAAUAAUCCACCCCACCCCCCUGAUCCAAUUUUUAUGACUGCAGUCAAACUCUUUUAAUUGACAUUUGUUUCAUGUAUAGAGUUUUGGGAUUUCCCUUGCCACAGUAUUUUUUCCCAAAUUAAAGACAGUUAAAUAGCCUAUCAAAUCUGCAAUGUGAUAGCAUUAAUGGUCUUGAAAAUCCAAAUACAGUAGAUCCACUGUUAUCCACUGGAUCAAACUAUUUAGAAAUCCUGAAAAAUAUGGAAUAAUCUGGUCAUGACACCAUCCAUUAUGUUUUAAGACUAAGUUCGUUUUUUCCCCAGACAUUUGGAAUGUUAAGCAUUAUUUUUGUGCAGUCCCCAAGAGGUUGCUGUAAAUUAUUUUAAUAUCUUGUAGGCCUUUAUUAUGUAUCCAUCUGUGUCUUAUUAUUUUGAUGUGAUCUGACUUGUGCUUUCCUGCACCCCCAACUCUCUUCCAAGUAAAAAACAAAAGGUCUGAAUUUGCCAAGCAAAUGUCCUUUAAUUUGGAGAGUUUACCAAGACUAUUUAACUCCUAUAUUAGGCUAGAUAGGCUGCAGCAGGGAUGGCGAUCGGCAGACUAAUUGAACAAGAGCCUCGUUUCGUGCGCACUGGACAAAUAAAUCCUACCUCUUACAUUACUCUUUUCAAAUCUCUUUACUGUUGUCAAACCAAUCACCCGACUGCAGAAUCGCUCUUACAUCCAUUUCAUCAAUUGAACGAUUUCUAUUCAGUGUUUUUCUCUGUUUUCAAUAGAAUAUCUGUCCGGUGAAAUGCAGUCAUUGCGCCUCCAGAAUAGGCUAACUGAGUUUUUUUUAAUUAUUAUUAUUGUUUAGGUCUAGUUUAUUUUGAUAGGAUCAUUUCUGAAUUAGAUUCACAGAUACAGAUAAUUGAUUCGCCUGAUUGACACAUCCAUCUGAGUCGGUGUGUGGGCUUAGCCUAUACAUGUCCUGUAAUUGCAGGCUUCUAGUUUUUGGGAGCAUUUUGGUUCAUCUGCAUCAUCUGCUCUGUUGUUUUCAUAAAUUUUAAUGAGCUGUUACUCUCUUUAUUCUUAAUUAUUUUGUUUGUUUGACAGGCUUAUAUGGUUUCAAACAGUUGUCAAAAUAAAAGAACGGCUUAAAACA